AUGGCGAGCCAGAUCCCCAAGAUCAAGGUCAAGAACCCCGUCGUCGAGCUCGAUGGCGACGAGAUGACCAGGAUAAUAUGGAAGGACAUCAAGGACAAGUUCAUCUUCCCAUACCUGGACAUCGACCUCAAGUACUACGAUCUCGGCCUCGAGUACCGCGACGAGACCAACGACCAAGUCACCCUCGAUGCGGCGGAGGCGAUCAAGAAGUACAGUGUUGGUGUCAAGUGCGCGACCAUUACACCAGAUGAGGCACGGGUGGAGGAGUUUAAGCUCAAGAAGAUGUGGCUCAGUCCGAAUGGCACAAUCAGGAACCAGUUGGGAGGGACAGUCUUCAGGGAGCCGAUUGUCAUUGACCGUAUUCCACGGCUGGUGCCAGGCUGGAAGAAGCCGAUUGUCAUUGGCAGACAUGCUUUUGGCGACCAAUACCGAGCCAAGGACAGCGUGAUCAGGCAGCCUGGCAAGCUCGAGAUGGUCUUCACACCGAAAGGUGGUGAGCCAGAGCGGAUAGAGGUGUUUGAAUUUACCGAGAAGCAUCAAGGUGGUGUUGCACAGACACAGUACAACACUACCGAGAGCAUCUCGGGCUUCGCGCAUGCUUCAUUCAAGCGUGCAAUUGACCUGAAGAUUCCCAUGUACAUGUCGACCAAGAACACCAUCUUGAAGAAGUACGAUGGCCAGUUCAGAGACAUCUUCCAGGAGAUCUACGAAAAAACCUACCGCAAGCAGUUUGAGGACCUGAAGAUCUGGUACGAGCACCGUCUCAUCGACGACAUGGUGGCUCAGAUGAUCAAGAGUGAAGGCGGCAUGUUGAUCGCGAUGAAGAACUACGACGGCGACGUCCAAUCCGACAUCGUCGCCCAAGGCUUCGGCUCCCUCGGCCUCAUGACCUCCGUCCUCAUCACGCCCGAUGGGAAGACCUUCGAAGCGGAAGCCGCCCACGGCACCGUCACGCGCCACUACCGCGAGCACCAGAAAGGCAACCCCACCUCCACCAAUCCCAUCGCCUCCAUCUUCGCCUGGACGCGCGGGCUGGCGAAGCGCGGCGAGCUGGACGACACGCCCGAGCUGGUCAAGUUUGCGGAGAGCUUGGAGGAGGCGUGCGUGCAUGUGGUGGAUCAGCAGGGCAUCAUGACGAAGGAUCUGGCGAUCAGUUGUGGGAAGAAGGAUGAUUUUGUCACGACGGGGGAGUAUCUGCAGGCGGUGGAGAGGCGGAUGCGGCAGGUGCUUAGUGCGAAGCUUUGA